AUACACUUUAGACCUCUGUGCUACCCGCAAGGUGGCUUUUUGUUAUACAUUGUUCAAGAUACUGCCCCCAAGGUGCUCUCCUUGGUACCUAGAACAUCGUCAGAUAUUCUAUUCAAAGUGCUUAGGCAGCGAACAGGAAAACGCCAAAAACUUUGGUUUGACAACAUUGGCGCUUAGCGAAACCUAUCUGCGCCGCCAUUGCACAACGUGGGUUUUUUCAAAGAUCGUACAAGAUCCAAGGACGAGACUAGGCUUGAAAUACCACGACAUCAGUUAUGUUCCCGAUAGGAGGUUUUGAAUUUCCCUCUGUCUCCUUCAAGGAAAGAGUUUCCUCUUACUUCUCUUCCUCAGAAUAUAUCUUCCGAAAUCAAUAAGUCCCCAUAUAGCACUUUUACUGUAUCCCAACGCUAUUCCAAUGUCAUCCCCAUCAGAGCAGAUGCUACUCGGGUCAAAUAUAAACGAUUCUGAACCCAGUGACCGAUGCUCACAACAAAUUCCUGUAUCACUGCCGCUAUUAGAGCGGCCUCUAUCCACCCGCAUCCACCGUCCGCACCAUGAAUGGAUAAAAAACGAUAGCUUGCAAGAAUUCGACACCACCGAUAAACCCUCGUGGAUGUGGGCACUCGGAGUCUGGAAAUUUCAACUUUUUGCCUCGCUUCUGUCUUCAGCAAGCGUCAUUGGCCUAGCUGUAAUAGCCGCAACUUUCUCCGGACGCCCUUUAUCAGACUGGCCCUUAGAUGUCAUAUCUAUCAACGGUGUUGUAGCUAUAUUGACGACCCUGAUGAAGGGACUCAUGAUGGUCCUUAUUGCGGAUUCGAUCGGCCAGGCCAAAUGGUCGUGGUUCUCGCGAGACAGACAAGAGGGGCGGUCGCUGAUAGACCUGGAGUUGAUCGAUAAUGCCUCCAGAGGUCCCUGGGGAAGUCUUAUCUGGCUAUCUAAGCAUCCAUUUCGCCUGCAUUUUGUCAGUUUCGGUGCGCUUUUGACAAUGCUUGUCGCUGGCGUGGAUGUGUUUUCUCAGUUACUCGUCACUGUUGAGGAUAGGGCCGUUAUUGAUACUCAGCAGACAGCCCACGUACCAUGGGCGAUAAACAACGAUGCUGUGAUCCAAGAUUCGACUUGGGCAGCAGCAAUUCUCAGUGGGAUGUAUAGUACUACAAUCGACGACCUACCCGUUAGCUGCCCUAGUGGUAAUUGUACCUGGGACGGUGUCGUGCCUUUAGUUGGCGUGUGCGGAAAAUGCACGAAUAUCACGCAGAUGUUGUCAAAAACGUGGAUGUCCUGUUCCGAGCUCUCAUACAAUUAUUCAAUCACUGGAUAUGUGCCCAAUGUGAUAAAUGGGCCCAGAACUAAUUCUACGUGGAAUUUCAGUCAGCUUUCUAGUUCGAUCCUAGAACCGCCGAAUGGCAAAGCAGAUCAUGGUAUUCCCGUAUCCGUGGCUUUCAAUUAUUUCGACUUGGCCGAUUCUAUCGGAAGCAAAAUUGGAUGGAAUGAGAGUGACCAUAUAGUCCUCGGAGACUUUGCUAUCUUUGAUAUUCCAGUAACAAUAACAACUGGAUCCAAUAUUACGGGCUUUAUCGCCUCAUUUGGAGAACCCGUCGUAACUCGGUGCUACUUUUGGUAUUGUAUGCAGGGUAUUACUGUCAGUGUAGAUUCAAGCCAACAAAAAGAGACAGUAGAACUUGCUGAAGAAGCCUCAAUAGCAAGGUUUUGGAACUGGACAUACGCACCAUACGGAGGGGCAUUCAGAGACGUUCCAGGUUUCAAUAUGUUGGGGCGUAACUUUUCUGUGAACUCUCUAGAAUAUACAGGAGCAAAUUUGCAGCCGAUAUAUCCUUUUCCGAACGUCACUAUGGCUUCAGUGAUAUCCUCAACUCCAGCAAAAGUAUUUACCCCUCCAUUGUCAUAUGAGAAUGGAGCAACGAUUGCCGAGGCACCUUUUAGCAUUAGUGAACCUGCCUUCUUCCAGGCCUGGAAGUACACAAUGGAUGAUCGCUCCGCAUGGUGCAACCGAAUUGCCAAAAGCCUGACGAACAUGGUACGCCUACAAAACCAGCCUAGCCGUGAAGAGGACGUCUACGCCGGAAAUGUCUGGAUACAUCAGAUUUAUAUCAGAGUAUAUUGGCCUUGGAUCGCUUAUCCUAUCACAAUACUUCUGGCUAGCUUGAUCCUCUUUGCCGGUAAUAUAUACAGGUCAUUAAAACCUGGUCAGAGAGCUUGGGGGAAUAGGACGUUAGCCUUAUUAUUGUCUGAUAUUGACAGCUCAGUUAAAGACUUGGCAAAGGAUUCCUACCGUUCAAAUGAUGAGUUAGUAAAGGCCACCGGGAAGGCGAUGGUUCGUCUAGAGGAAGAUGGGUCAGGUUGGGCAUUUCGACAUAAAAAGGAUUAGUUGUUCGGCGUCAAAGAUAUCAUGAGAAUUUCCGG